UGCCCAGGCGAUGGAACGCACAAAAUUCUUGACUUGUGUGACAAAAAAAUUAACCGUAAUCACUAUACAGUCCAAAUCAACAUCCUAAUCUCAGUCCUGUCAGAAUCAACAUCCUGAUUGAUGUGCCAUGAUGAACUCUCGCCUUGCAACCUUCGCGUUGCUUGUGAUCAUCACGCUAAGCUCGUCGCCGCGUCCAUGUCCACGGCGCGUCGACGCGGCGCGUGAGUGGCUCGCCCGGGGCGCCUCGAUCGCCGUCGAGGACCACGCCACCGACGUCCUGCGCUCGCCGGACGGCACGUUCGCCGCCGGCUUCUACGACGCGUCUCCCACCGUCUUCACCUUCUCCGUCUGGUUCGCGCGCGCCGCCGACCGCGCCGUCGUCUGGACCGCGGCUCGGGCGCGCCCCGUGCACAGCAAGGGCGCGCGCGUCACGCUCGACGCGCGCCGCGGCGCGCUCGUCCUCACCGACUACGGCGGCGAGGUGGUCUGGAACUCCUCCACCCCCGCCGCCGGUGGCAGCGGCGGCGCCCGCGUCCGGCUCCACGACACCGGCAACCUGGUGGUCGAGGACGCCUGCGGCAAGACGCUGUGGCAGAGCUUCGACUUCCCCACCGACACGCUGCUCCCGGCGCAGCGGCUGACGGCGGCGACGCGGCUGGUGUCGCGCGACCGGCUGCUCUCCGCCGGCUACUACAGCCUCGGGUUCAGCGACUACGCCAUGCUCUCCCUCUUCUACGACAACGGCAACUUCUCCAGCAUCUACUGGCCCAACCCUUACUUCAGCUACUGGCAGAACAACCGCAAGAUCUACAACUUCUCCCGCGAGGCCGCCAUGGACGCGCUCGGGCAGUUCCUCUCCAGCGACGGCACCACCUUCGAGGCCGCCGACCUCGGCGCCGCCGGCGUCAGGAGGCGGCUGACGCUGGACACGGACGGCAACCUCAGGGCGUACAGCCUGGACGACGCGACGGGAACGUGGUCGGUGUCGUGGAUGGCGUUCGGCAACCCGUGCAACAUCCACGGCGUGUGCGGCGCCAACGCCGUGUGCCUCUACUCGCCGGCGCCGGUGUGCGUCUGCGCGCCGGGGCACGAGCGCGUCGACGCGAGCGACUGGAGCAGGGGGUGCAGGCCGACGUUCCGGCUCGAGUGCGGCCGGCCGGCGAAGCUGGUGGCGCUGCCGCACAGCGACUUCUGGGGCUACGACCUCAACGACGGCGAGGUCAUGCCGCUCGGCGACUGCGCCAACAAGUGCCUCGACAACUGCGCGUGCGUGGUGUUCCAGUACAAGGAGCACAUGGAGUGCUACCUCAAGAGCGUCCUCUUCAACGGCAAGACGUUCCCCGGCUUGCCGGGAACGGUGUACAUCAAGGUCCCCGCCGACUUCGACGUGCCGGAGUUUCAUGUCCACCAAUGGCAGCGCGGCGGCGACGGCGGCGGCGGUGGCCUCGCCAUCCAAGAAGACAUCGCCGGCUGCGCCGCCGCCGCCACCGGCGACAGCAACAGAAAGGUUCUCCUCAACGUCUCCUCUUCACUGUCAUCUCACGACGCCGGUAAGACGGUGUGGCCAUACCUGUACGGAUUCUUGUCAGCGUUGCUCGUCGUCGAGGCCAUCGUCAUCGGGUUCGGCUGCUGGCUCUUCUCAAGCAAAGGAUUGUUCCGGCAUUCACGGGUGUACGCCAUUGAUCAAGAAGGCUACAAGCUGAUCACGAGCCAUUUCCAGAGGUACACCUACGCUGACAUCAAGAAAGCCACGGCGAACUUCACCGGCGUGAUCGGCCGCGGCGGCUCCGGCGUGGUGUACAAGGGCGUGCUUGACGACGAGAGGGUGGUGGCCGUGAAGGUGCUCAAGAACUUGAGCCGGCAGAGUGAGGAGGAGUUCCAAGCAGAGCUGAGUGUGAUUGGAAGGAUCUAUCACAUGAACCUUGUCAGAAUGUGGGGUUGCUGCUCUCAAGCCAAGCACAGGAUUCUUGUCUCUGAAUACAUAGAGAAUGGAUCACUUGCACAAAGAUUGUUUGAUCAUGGAUUUGAUGAUGAUGUGCUUGAUUGGAAUCAAAGGUUCAGGAUUGCUUUGGGUGUGGCUAAAGGGUUGGCUUACCUUCACAGUGAGUGCUCAGAAUGGAUUGUUCAUUGUGACAUGAAGCCUGAGAACAUUUUGUUGGAUAAGGAUUUGGAGCCCAAGAUUACGGAUUUUGGGUUGUCUAAGUUGUUAAACAGAGAUGGUUCAGAUGCAAUUUUGACAAGGAUUAGAGGGACAAGAGGGUACAUGGCUCCAGAGUGGGUUACUAACUUACCAUUUACAGAGAAGGUUGAUGUGUAUAGUUACGGAGUGAUACUCCUUGAGCUAGUGAAGGGGAUUAGGAUUUCGGAAUGGGUGAUCCAUGGGAUCAAGGUAUGUGAGAUGGAUAUUAGGAUGGUUGUUAGGGCGACAUGUCAGAAGAUGGAGUCCAAUGAAAAGAGAUCUAUUGAGGAUCUUGUGGACUAUCGAUUGAAUGGUGAUUUCAACCAUGUACAAGUGAAGCUGAUGCUUGAGAUUGCCAUUUCAUGCUUGGAGGAAGAUAGGAGCAAGCGGCCAAACAUGAACUCAGUUGUGCAAUCACUCAUCUCGGUUGAAGGUUAAAGCUAUGUCAGUAUGUGUCAUCUAGUGCUUUGUUAAUAUGUAUUUGUUGAUUAAUUGUUAUGUGAUAAGUAGUUUUAACCUUAGAUCCUUGCAAGAGUACGUAUUAGAGAUUGAUAUUGGCUAUUUGUAUUCUAUGACAAGUUUAGUUUCCGUAAACUAAUUCGUAUUUUUAGAUGAA